AUGUGUUCCUAUCCAGGAGAUGACUCGCAGCUUUCCUACAUCUCGACGAUCAGCAUUGAUAAUAUGACUUUAAUGAUGAACAACUUCACCCUUGCGUGCGUAGAGGGAGGUGAACACAUUAUCUCCCGAGUCCUUCAGAUUGAACCGAUGGUGGUGCCCACGUGGAAGACUGGUGUUGGGUCGCCUCUUAAAAACCACAACCUCAAGGAGAUGAGUAACCUGACCCUAGAGUGCAGUGCCGAGGGUGUGCCCGUCCCUCAGGUCACCUGGUACAAGGACAAUGUCGAGCUGGACAAGAAGAAGAGGCACGACAGAAUAAAAAUCACUGGAGAUAAAAUCACGUUUCGAUAUGUUAAGAGUGAAGACAGCGGUCGGUACAUGUGUGAGGUGAAAAACGGUGCCGGAUCUAUCUGGAGUGAAUCCCGUCUUACAGUGACUGACCCGGACACCUUUGUUGAGACUACCAUCUUCAGCGUCGUCGGUGUUCUUAUCUUUUUCCUCCUGCUUAUUACCAUAAUCUUCUGCAGGAAGAUCUUCCAGGACAGGGUAAGUAUGGCCAAUAUUCUUACUAUUCAUGUGUUCUUACCCUCCCUCGUAAAUGUUCCGUCCUCAGCGAAGUAA